UUAGUUUUACAACAUCUCACAUUAGCGCUGGAAGUGCCUCUAGAUCCCAAAGUACUGGAAGGAUUGCCCCAGCCCCCUACUAUAACGCUACAGUCCCCUAAAGAUUACAUUUUUGACCCUCGGGAAAACAUAGUGAUCCAUUGUGAGGCCAAAGGGAAGCCUCAUCCCAGCUUCUCAUGGACAAGAAAUGGCACCCACUUCGACAUAGAGAAGGACUCCAAGGUCACUAUGAAGCCUAACUCUGGGACCCUGGUCAUUGACAUCAGUGGAGAGAAAGCUGAGGCGUAUGAGGGAACAUACCAAUGUACAGCCCACAACGAUCAUGGCACCGCUGUAUCCAACAACAUCGUCAUCCGCCAAUCCAGGUCCCCCUUGUGGUCAAAGGAGAAAGAUAAGAAAAUCGUGGUGCAGCUUGGGAUCUCCCUUGUGCUGCAGUGUAGACCACCAGCUGGACUGCCCCCUCCCAUCAUAAUGUGGAUGGACAACAACUUCCAAAGAUUACCACUGAAUCCACGAGUGUCCCAGGCCUUAAAUGGAGAUCUGUACUUUUCCAAUGUUCUGCUGAGUGACACCAGGACGGACUACAUCUGCUACGCCCGCUUCCCCCACACCCAGACCAUCCAGCAAAAACAGCCCAUCUCCGUCACUGUACUAGAGAACAACCCAAUAGGAGAGCGCAAACCUGGUUUUAUGAUGCCUCUUGGACCCACCAGCACCAAGAUGGUUCUCAAAGGAGAGGCGCUGGAGCUGGAGUGCAUCGCAGAGGGACUGCCCACUCCAAACAUCUUGUGGCAGAAGGAUGGAGGAGAGUUGUCCAAAACAGUCUCUUUCCAGAACUUCAAUAAAACUCUGAAGAUUUCAGAUGUGACUGAAGCUGAUGCAGGAAAUUACCGCUGUAUAGCCAACAACAGCUACGGCUCUGCAUACCACAUCAUCAAAGUCACUGUCAAAGCUGCCCCUUACUGGAUUAGCGCUCCUCGGAACCUGAUCCUUGCUCCAAAUGAGACUGGCAUUUUGACCUGUCGGGUCAGCGGAGACCCCAAACCAAAGAUCAGCUGGUUUGUGAAUGGAGUCCCUUUACAAAAUGCACCAGAAGACCCCAGUCGAAAGAUUGAAGAUGACACUGUGAUUCUGAGCAGUGUCCAAACCGGGUCCAGUGCGGUUUAUCAGUGUAAUGCAUCUAAUGAGUUUGGAUAUGUCCUCGCCAAUGCUUUUGUCAAUGUACUUGCUGAGCCACCAAGAGUUCUGACUCCACCAAACAGGAUCUACCAGGUCAUCACUAACAAUCACGCACUGCUGGACUGUGCCUCCUUUGGCUCACCUAUUCCCACUAUCACAUGGUUUAAAGACAAUCAGAUCAGCAUAAAGAACGGUGACUCCUAUGUGAUUCAUGAAAAUGGUACAUUGGAAAUCCAUGUGGCACAACCUAUGAACAGUGGAAAGUACACCUGCAUUGCCACCAACAACCUGGGCAUUAAGGAGAACCAUGUAUUUCUGGAGGUCAAAGAGCCCACCCGUAUUCUGAUUCAGCCGGAGUAUGAGGUGGUACAAAGGGGGAUGAAGGCAGUUUUUGAAUGUAAAGUGAAGCACGACCAGUCCCUCAUACCCACCAUGACGUGGCUCAAAGACAGCACAGCACUUCCUGAUGAUGACAGGUUUGUGGUGGGCACAGAGAGUCUAACAAUCAAAGACGUUGUCGAUGAAGACGAGGGCACCUACACCUGCCACAUGAACACUACUCUCGACCACGACUCAGCCAGCGCCAUGCUCACUGUCGUAGAGGCCACUCCUACUCCACCAAUUGUAUACGAGAGACCGGACCCCCCGACCGACCUGGAGAUGACGGGACAGAAGGAGAGGAGUGUGGAGCUCACAUGGACUCCAGGGGACGAGCACAAUAGUGCCACUCAGAAGUUUAUUAUCCAGUACGAGGACCACCUUCACCAGCCUGGGGUGUGGGUGAACUUGACGGAGGUUCCUGGGACCAGCCCCACAGCUCAGUUAAACCUGUCUCCGUAUGUUUACUACUCCUUCAGAGUACUUGCACUGAACGGGGUCGGCUACAGUGACCCGAGCCAACCAUCCCGCCAGUACAGGACCAACCCAGCAGCUCCUGAUGUAAGUCCAUCAAAUGUGCAAGGUGAAGGAACUGAACCGGGUAACCUGGUCAUCUCUUGGACGCCACUGACAGGUUUCCAGUCCAACGGCCCUGGUCUGGAGUACAGUGUGCAGUGGAGACAGAAGGAUGUGGAGGAGGAGUGGUCCACCGAAACUGUAGCCAAUGUCUCUCAGUUCGUCGUGUCCGGGACCCCCACCUUUGUGCCCUACGAGAUCAAAGUUCAGGCUGUCAAUGACUAUGGUUCUGGUCCGGUUCCUAACGCAGUGGUUGGAUACUCCGGAGAAGAUCUUCCGUUGACUGCGCCUGACAGAGUACGGAUCAUGCUCCAAAACAGUACUUUAGCAGAGGUGCAUUGGGAGCCUGUGUCUAUGCCUUCUGUUCGGGGAAAACUCCAAGGAUAUAAGGUGUAUUAUCGUCGAGAGCGUGGCCUUCAUGACUCAGAGGACGAGCCUCAGCCAGAGGAGGAGAAGUCCCUGAUUUUCAGUGGAAACAGGAGUGAGGGUCGUCUGCCUGGACUUCAGCCCUACAGCUUCUACCACGUCUACAUCAAAGUCCUUAACAGCAAAGGGGAGGGUCCAGCCAGCUCCAGCAAGACCUUUGAGACCCCAGAGGGAGUCCCAGGACCUCCUUCCUUUUUAAAUGUUGUCAACCCCGGUUUGGACUCUCUGACUCUGGAAUGGGGACCCCCUCAACACAAAAAUGGCCGACUCUCAGGAUACACACUCAAAUACCAACCAGUUAACAGCACCAGUGAGCUGGGACCCAUCAAAGAAAUGACGUUUCUUCCUAAUGAGACCACCAUCAUUUUGAGUAACCUAAACUCCAGCAUGCUCUACAAGUUUUACCUGAGCGCCAAGACAAUCAAAGGAUCGGGACCGGACAUAUCAGAGGAGGCCUUCACAGCUAUGGACACAAGUGAGUAUACCUACUUUGUUAAGAGGAUGGGCCCCACAGUGCCCCCUCCACCCACAACUACCCCCAUCACACAAGCACCGCCUCCCACGUCGCACAAGGCACCCCCUCUUGGUCCAGCCUUUGGCACCGUUAACACAUCUGUCUCUGAAGAGGGUGCUGUGGUCACUUGGGAAUACUUUGGACAUCACAAAAAUGUUUAUGUGGAGUACAUUAUAGAAAAUAGUAAAGAUGACUGGAAAAAGGAGUUGGUAAAUGGUUCUCACUCACAUAUGCUAAAAGGAUUAAAGCCAGGAUCGACCUAUAGGGUGCGUGUGGUAGCUCGGGACCCCUCGGCAUCCACGGUCCACUCCACUGAGGAGGUGGAGGUGGCAGUGCCAGCGGUGGCCAGUCGACAGGUGGACAUAGCCACACAGGGAUGGUUUAUCGGGCUCAUGUGUGCCAUAGCCCUACUCAUCCUGGUGCUUCUCAUCGUCUGCUUCAUAAAAAGGAACAAAGGAGGAAAAUACCCAGUAAAAGAGAAAGAAGAUGCUCAUCAAGACCCGGAAAUUCAGCCCAUGAAGGAGGACGAUGGCACAUUUGGAGAAUACAGUGACACCGAGGACCACAAGCCCCUGAAGGGAAGCCGCACCCCCUCAAACGGGACAGUGAGGCGGGACGAGAGCGACGACAGCCUGGUGGACUAUGGAGAAGGCGGGGAUGGGCAGUUUAACGAAGACGGAUCUUUCAUUGGUCAGUACAGCGGCAAGAAAGAGAAAGACACACACGAAGGCAACGAGAGCUCAGAGGCACCAUCUCCUGUCAACGCCAUGAACUCCUUUGUCUAACGAAAGGAGCGGGGCCUGGCUGUGAUGUCAUCCGUCUUGGCCACUCCCCCCACUUUGUUGUUGAAUUGUUGACCGUGAUGGUUUAAAUUAAAACACGGGACUACUGGUACACGCUCCCAUCUUCACGCCCAUCGCCCCACCCUGUCCCACUGUGACUUCAUCGAAAAACCACACAAAUGCCACACAUCCCAAAUAAAGAAAAAGGAAUGGGCUGUCCUGAGUGGAGAUAAAAGGGAAGCAAUAUAAAAGGAGCAAGGAUAUAACACAAAGUUUAUGGUCAAGUGUCUCAGUGCCAUUUAAUCUUUUGAAUAAUCUCAUAUGCAGCGCUGGAAAAAUAUGAAAUCACUCUUGGCUGGUAGUUCACAUACUCUAAGUGCGGUUACCAAAGUGUCUUGCCUCAGGACACAAAGACAAUAUAUAAUGGUUAUGUGUGGGAACGGUACCAUCAACCUUCUGGUCACUCCUCAUUUCCAUAUAAAACUAUUUGUCACUCCGAAUUAUUACAUUUGUUAAAUUGCA